AUGUCUCUCCUCUCUUCCUCCCAGGGUGCGUCAGCUCUCUUUGACAUGAUUGAGUACUAUGAGUCGGCCACACACCUCAACAUUUCCUUCAACAAACACAUCGGCACCCGCGGUUGGCAGGCCGCAGCCCACAUGAUGAGGAAGGUGAGUGGUCUUGACCUCUGGGCAGGGGGUCACUGGUCGGGUGGGGGGGGUCAAUGGCAGAACAGAGGAUGUGAUGCAUGAUGUUAUCACCCCUAUUUGAUAUGGAUUUUCUAAAUGAUUUUCUGAAUGUUUUAUUAGUCGUAUGUACAGGAUACACAUGGUAUACACCGUCCAACAAAAUGCUUACUUACAGGUUCCUUCUCGACAAUGCAACAACAAUAAGAAAUAUGAAAAGAUAAGAAUACGAACAUAAAGUAAAUGUCUCAGUAGAAUAGAAUAAACAAUGUAGCAUCAGUAUAAUACAGGAAGGCACAAUUUAUAGUCAAGUAUAUUUUUGACAAGUAUUUAAAUUGUGCAGUAUUUAGCAAUCAUAAUAAGCACGUGAUGGGCUCUUUAAAAAUAACACAAUGGGUAGAAUCCAGCAGCAUGUUUAGUGUAUUGAAUGCAUUUAGAUCAACUGGAUUUUGAACGUAUCCUAUCCCCUGAGUUGGUGAAACAAAGUGAGUCAUUAACACUAAAUCAUAUUGGUUUAGAAAGACAUCUCCCAUGGGCAUGUAUGAUGAUGAGACUUGCCUGCAGUCUCCACUGACGCACCCCCUGGGGCACCAAUCGGAUGCUCAGGCAUGCAGGAGGUUUUGUGCACAUACACGCAUAUGCUUUUUGGCUUGUGUGUUUGUGUAGCAGAUUGGGAUCUGUGAGACUCACUCCUCAGCCUGAAGUGUCGCCCCUUGCGCAAUUGAAGGCCUUUUUCAAUAGCGUGACGGAUAGAGAUGCUUCAGGUGGGAGGUCCUGAGUUCGAGCUGAAUCACGGGGAAGCAGUACUCUCUAAGCAAGCAGCGUGACGUCCUUUACAUUUGCAGCGGUACUGUACUGUGCCUGGUUGUGUGUACAGGUGUGUCUGGACAUGGCUAUGAAUAUGUCAUCAACGCUGCAUGGGCGUAGCACGUAUUUGUUACAGAAUAAUGGUAUUGGCUUUCAGUACCAGCCAGGUAUAAUGCUGUCGCUAUGACGUGAGUCAUCAUUAUCAGAGCUCUGAUUACAGAUUACGGGAGGUUCCUGGAUUAUGGAAAAGAGGGUCAGGUCACAGUUAAGCCCGAAGGAGAGGGUGUAUGUGUGUGUGCCAGUGUGUGUGUGUGUGUGUGCAUGCGUGCGUUGUUCCCACACCCAGGGAUGCUGGGAGGAUUAUCCAAUAUAUUUUCCGAAGACGUCCUCUAUACGAGCGUUUGUACACACACACUGAUUGUAAGAAGAAUGUGUCAGUGACUCAUGAGGAUGUCUCUGAGAUCUAGAAAAUGGGGCUCAAAAAUCAUACAAAUGAAGUGGUUUUAGGUUAGCUAUCUGUAAAGCACUUAGUGACAACUGCAGAUGUAAAAAGGGCUUUUUAAAAUACAUUUGAAUCGACAUUUGGUUUGAAAAUGUCUGCAUGUGUUUUGUCUGUCCCCAGACGAGCUCUCUGCAGUACCUGGACGCCCGCAACACGCCCCUGCUGGACCACUCUGCCCCGUUUGUGGCACGGGCGCUCCGCAUCAGCGGCAGUCUGUCUGUGCUGCACCUGGAGAACGCUGGGCUCUCUGGACGACCACUCAUGCUGCUCGGUAACAGGACGGGAAGAGGGGAGACAGGGAAUCAUCACUGUGUUAACCGAUAACGAGUUUGCCUCCAUUCUCACCGUCAAUCAUUUGUUUCUGCAAUCCCUCUCUGGUCAAUCUCCACUUUACAGACGGAGCUGUUUGUAAGAUGAACAUUGAACCUACGGGAGCUGUGUACUUGGUUUGAUAACAAGCUAACGGCCUGCGGACAGCGGGGCACAGCUGGGCAACCUGCUCAAGUUCAACUGCAACAUCCAGAUUUCUGGACAUCCGUUUAAAACCCACAUACUGGACUCUGGUAUAGGGAUACAGCUCGCUUUCUAUCAUAUACCAACCUCUUCACUCUGUUUCUCGCCCAGGUCCUCUCCCUGAGAAGAGGAGAGAAAGGGGGGAAAAAGGGGAGGAAAAGGGAGGAGGGAGGAGGGAGGAAGAGAGAGAGAGAGAGAGAGAGAGAGAGAGAGAGGAGAAGAGAGGGGAGAGAGAGAGAGAGCGGGAGAGGGAGAGAGAGAGAGAAGGGGAGGGCGAGAAGGAGGGAGAGGAGAGAGGAGAGAGGAGCAGAGGGGAGAGGAGAGAGAAGAGAGAGAGAGAGAGAGAGAGAGGAGAGAGAGACGGGAGAGAAGCAGAGGGAGCGCGUUCUUCGCGCGAGAGAGUCGAGCGGCUUGUCGACGCUGCGAGCGAGGCAAUGCUCUUACGUAGAUCGCAUCUCACUGCCUCUCCUCUAUCCUCUCCGGUUUCCUCGCUCUCUCUCCUUCUGCUCUGUCUCGUCUCUCUUCUCGCUCUUCUCUCUCUCUCUUCUCUCUCUCACCUUUUCUAUCACUUCAUGACAACCUCAUAACCCAGUGUUGAGUUUUCCGUCUCGUAGUCCAAAAUACAGAAAUAGUUGCUUCUCUGUCUCGUUUCCUUGUAACAACAUUCUCAAACCACAAAUGUAUUUUUAAUCACAAACUAACCCCACGCUCAACCCUUACCCUUAACCCUAACCUCUCUCUCUACCUCUCCCUCUGUGUGGUGUGCAGGUUUGGCCUACGUCUGUGAAGGCCUGAAGGAACAGAGGAAAGGCCUGGUCACUCUGGUGCUCUGGAACAACCAGCUAACACACAACGGCAUGGGCUACCUCGCAGCUGCACUGGUAAACACACACACACCAAAAAAUUAGAAGUUUUAAUGUCACAUGCACAAGUACAGUGAAAUGCUUUUCUUGCACUCAUUUGUACACACACACACACAAAUGUAAUACAGUCAUUAGGGUUGAGGAAACUGUGGUUUGCAUGUGCUCCCUGGACAGUUCUGUGUUUGCGUCUGGAGCCUGCCUCACAUCUCCCCCACAUAAACUACAUAUAAAACAGACUAUGAAUCCCUAUGGGUUCCCUGUGGAACCAUAGACAUGCAUUGGCAGUUACAUUGGACACCGUUCUGUACAUGAAGUUCAUAACACGGUCGUGGCAAGUUAUACAGUUCAUUGAACUCUAAAGAAUCACACCCAUAUGGCUAAUGUGACUGAUGGUCAGUCAGGUGUUAUUUCCAGUGAUGUCAGCAGCAGUGCAAUGUAACUCUUUGGUGUGCCCUUUCCCUCCCACUGCUGUCUCCCCCUGCCCAGCCUGUCUCGGCUCGUCCUAUCAGGACAGAGAAGCUGAGUACAGGCCAUUAUCACUGAUCCUGUUGCCAGGAGAACUGUGCCCAGUGCAGUCAAAAUUCUGAGAUAAAAACUGGGCCUUUAAUUAGGCAUAGUAGUGAUGUCUAUAUCCAGGCCUGUCAGUCAGUGGGAGGAUGGCUCAUGCACAUGGUAGUUCUUCUCCCAACAGUCCGUUUAUCCUCGACAUAGAGAAAGAUCAUGUUUUGACUGUGUGGAGGACUUAGUUAGCAGGCCUGAGGGAGAGUGGUUUUAGGGCUGGGUGGAUGAUAUUGUGAAUAUACUGUAUAUCACCCAGUUGGCAUGAAGCCUAGUCGGACCCCCAGAUGGACAGGUUUGGUACGUCUGAUACUUCCUACUUAGGCCUUCUGGGAAUGUUGCCACAUAGACACGAGAUUCCGGGUCUUCGGAAAGAGCAUUCCCAUGACGGACUGGAUCCAGAUGUGCAUAACACAUGCUCUGGACAUUCCUCUAACACUCAUGCAAGAGAUCCCAUGACUGCAUCCACUGCACUCUCAUAAUGGGAGAGAGACAUGUACGUGUAGGCACCACGUACAAUACAUUGUUUUUACUAUAUAUAUAUUUAUUUUUUCAAAGUGAUAGAUACAGCCAUCUGGUGCUAGUGUGUUGUACUUUGCUUCGUACGUCACAGUAUAUUUUCUGCCCACUAUCCUAUGCUAUGUGUAAACCCAGUUCCUCUCUCUAUCCCUCUCUCUCUCUAGCCCUGUACCCAGAGUUUGGAGACCCUAAAUCUGGGCCAUAACUCUGUGGGGAACGAGGGGGUCCACAAGCUGAAGGACGGUCUGAUCGCCAACCGCUCGGUGCUCAGGCUGGGCCUGGCGUCCACCAAGCUGUCCUGCGAGGGUGAGUGUGCGUGGUGUGUGUGGUGUGGUGUCCUUAUUUUGCUAUUUACAGCUAUUACAAUAAUUUUGGUUUAAAAUAAAACACUCGUUGUGUAUGUAAAUGGGGCAGUUAGUGUGUGAAAAGGCAUUGAGCUGAGCCCUGUAUCAUAUCCUCUUCCCCUGUACUGUAUGUCAGGUGCCGUGGCGGUGGCGGAGUUCAUCGCUGAGAGCCCCCGGCUGCUGCGUCUGGACCUGAGGGAGAACGACAUCAAGACGGGGGGCCUCAUGGCCCUCUCCCUGGCCCUCAAAGUCAACACCUCCCUCCUACGCCUCGACCUGGACCGAGAGCCCAAGAAAGAGACUGUGAGAGAGGGGGAUAGUGGGGAAGGGGAGGUGAUGGGGAGAAGUACAGAGAGGAGGGGGGAAUGUAUGCAAGUUGUCCUUUGUAAUACAUUGUCAAGAUGAAUUGUGUUGUCCAAAGGAAAAUAAAUGGGAAAAUUAAUUUGUAGAAAUGGGGGGGGGGUAGGGUUGGAGUAGACAGGGAACAUCAACGUAGAAAGCCCUGAUCUCUCCUAGUUCUCAUCCCUCUGUGUUGUCCGUCUCUCUCCCAGGUGAAGAGCUUCAUCGAUACGCAGCGUUCCCUGCUGGCUGAGAUCCAGAACGGCUGCAAGCGGAACUUCAUCUUAGCCAAGGAGAAGGAGGAGACCGAGCAGCAGAUGCAUUCGGCCUCCAUGGCCGAGAUCGCCACUGAGGACAGAACCAUAGAGGAAGAGGAGGAUGAAGCUGAUUCUGACGAGCAUGUUGAAAAAGAUGGGAAAGACAGUGAGUGUGAGGGAGGAGAGGAAGGAGUGAAAGACACUGAGAGCCUGACUGACAGCCAAUCGGCAGCGAGCUCUGAUGGAGUGGUGUUGCCUUUGCAGUUGGAGUCAGACUCGGACACAGAUGACGAUGAAGAGGAAGAGGUGGUUCUCUCUAAAGCUCCCUCCGUCUCCCCUGCCCCCAAACACACUGGCCCUUCACUCUGGGCAGCGACAACCCAACACCCCCUCAGUGCCUCACAGAAGCCCCCUGCCCCCUCUGCCCCACCAGCUACGGGGGCUUUCAUUUCAGGGAUCACCGUCACAGAGUCCACAGGGCCCCCCGGUACGCCCCCCUCGCCUGGCCGCUGUAUUUCUGUGUCGAGCCCCGGGAGGGGCCACAAGAUCUUCAUGGUGACCAGAGUAGAGAGCCCCCCUGACCAGCAGCAGUUCCAGGUCCUGGGGAAGAUUGGCCUGACCAAGCCCCAGGCCUCCAAGGAACCAGUGGUGUCACUAGUGAAGGAAACCACACAGCAACCACAGCCCCCUUCACAACCCCCACAGGAGGAGGUAAGAACAGAACAGACACAACCCCAGACCACGCCCACACCACUGACACAGGAGGAGGUGGCACAGAGCCUGGCAGAACAGACACAACCCCAGACCACGCCCACACCACUGACACAGGUGCUGGUCCAGAGUUCAGAUGAACCACAGACAAUAGAUCCUAAACAGAUGGAGCAGAGUCCUGUUGCACCAGAGCAACCCCCUUCAGAGGAGACCGUAGUAGAGACGCCUCAAGACCCGGCUGAGACGCUAGAACUACCAUCCAACCUCCUAACCCAGCCCACAGAGGAGGAAGUAGAGGGCGUUCUAGACAGUUCACAACCUGUUCUGGCGGAGCAGAGCCCAAUAACCGCAGCCCAACCAUCACACACACCCUCCCUUCCUACAGAAGAAGUAGCAACCCAAUCACUAGCAUCACCCCAACAGACAGAGGAGAUAGUAGAGACAACUACAGAGCCUCAGCAAGAACAGUCUGCUGUUGAGCAGCAGUCCACUGAAGCUGUGCUGGAAGGAAAGGAGGAGGUGGUGGUGGUUGUGGAAAAGGAGGAGUGUCAGGACCCAGUAGAAGAGUCACUUUGUGAACAAGCAGAGUCUCAAACCAACACAGAGGAGGAAGAUGAGAUGCAGUCAGAACGGCAUCAACAGCAGGAACAGAGUCCGGAACAGGCUAGUGACACAGUUCAGCAACCGUUAGCGCCGCAACCGUUAGCACCUCAGCUAGCUACACAGACUAACACUAAGCCCCUGGGGGGUCUGCUUCUAACAGCACCACUCCAGUUACAGCCUGAAACAGUGCAGCCAGACUCUGAGCUUAUGUCCCCACAACAGGAUCCGGCAGAGACACUUCCACAGGCACAUCAACAGGUGGCGCCAGCGAGUCCCUCGGAGCAGGGAGCCACGGAGAGUGUCGCAGAACAGGAACUAUAUUUGUCAGAGGAGGAGCAGCAGCAACUAACACAACAGGCAGUUCCUGUGCAGGUGGAACAGCAGAAGCAACAACAACAUCCUGUUCUAGACAAUCUACAGCAGCAGCCUCUUCAACCAGAGGGGCAAUCACAGACCACCCUUCCCGCCGAGCCCUCGCCUGUUCCAGCCGAGACAGAUUCUUCCCUGGAGGUGGAGGGCCAUAGCUCUCCUCCCAAGGCAGAGGAGUCCCCAGACGAGAGCUCCACAGACAAGGGGGAGAGCGUGGGGGGAGUGGAGGAGGUGGUGGGCUCAGCCCUGCCCAACGGCCUGAAGCCAGAGUUCGCCCUUCACCUGCUGGACCCCGAGGGCCCCAAGCCUGGGCCUGUCAGCUGUGUGAUGGAGCACGGUGAGUCACAGGCUCUGAGGGAACACCCUGUCUGUAGUGGGACAACAGGGGUGUGACCGACACAUGCAUAUAGUACACACAUACACAUAGUACACUCGCAGACACACACACACACAGUCUGACAAAGUGCGUGUGUAUUCUCCAGUGAGUGUGACAGCAGAGUUGAGCUGUGGUGAAGACCUGGAGGAGCUGUUGCUGGAGGCCAGCCUGGAGACUGGGAGAGACGCACCAUAGCGCUGUCA